AUACUCUUCAGACAACUGUAAUCGUUACUUUCUGUUCGUUUUGUCUUACCCUAAGUCUACUGUGGAAGUAGAUGACCUACAGCCGACGCAGAGUGCCGACGGUGAAAGCUCGAAUUGAAUAAGCCCUGCAUAUGGAUCUCAAACCCCCAUUACCGCUUCCGAAGCAGGUGAGCCUAUUAAUGGCGCAUCUUCGUUCCUUCCGCUUGCCCUCCUCAUCCAUCCACUGUCAUAUUCUACCGUCAUUAUCACCUCCCGCGCAACAUUUAUUGCGUUAGAUCGCUCCCCGCAUGGUUGGUCCGCUAGCUUUUAUUGCCUGCCCCUGCAGGCUGGGAACUUACCUGCUCAGGGUUUCUGGUUUGAGUUUGAUUGAUUGAUGGCGGGGAUGGCAUCGAAGGAGAUCGGAUCUCCGGAUUUCUUGCCGGAGAGAUCUCCCGCGCUGGAUGGGAGUGUUCAGGAUGCUCGGAGAAAGAAGCUGGGAGCGCAUUUUUUGGAGAGCGAUGAGAGGCAGUUGCCGGCGGCCAUUAGCGGGGGUUAUGUCGGGGGCGCGACGCCGGUUACUCUGAGGGGGAAACGCAUCGAGGAUCUAUCCAAGACCGGUGGAUGGAUCGCCGCCUUCUUCAUCUUUGGUAAUGAGAUGGCAGAGAGAAUGGCCUACUUCGGGCUGUCAGUGAAUAUGGUAGCGUUCAUGUUCUAUGUCAUGCACCGGCCAUUUACCAGCUCUGCUAAUGCAGUGAACAACUUUCUUGGGAUAUCGCAGGCUUCAUCCGUGCUUGGUGGUUUUCUUGCCGAUGCAUAUCUUGGUCGUUACUGGACGAUAGCAAUUUUCACAACAAUUUAUCUUCUAGGUUUGACAGCAAUAACCUUAAUUGCUACAGUGAGCAUCUUCAUGCCCAAUCAAUCCAACUGUGAUCAGUUAUCCAUUCUUCUCGGCAAUUGUGAACAAUCCAAGCCAUGGCAGAUGAUUUACCUCUACACAGUUCUCUACAUCACUGCUUUCGGAGCUGCGGGCAUCCGGCCUUGCGUCUCCUCCUUCGGUGCCGAUCAAUUUGAUGAGCGAAGCAGAGAUUAUAAGGCUCAUUUGGAUCGAUUCUUCAACCUAUUCUAUCUAUCUGUAACCAUCGGAGCAAUCGUGGCCUUCACCAUGGUGGUCUACAUUCAAAUGAAAUAUGGAUGGGGUUCCGCCUUUGGUUCUUUGGCCAUCGCCAUGGGGAUCUCGAAUGCCAUCUUCUUCGUCGGCACGCCCCUCUAUCGCCACCGAUUGCCAGGAGGCAGCCCUCUCACGCGUGUUGCGCAGGUCCUGGUUGCUGCGACGAGAAAGAGAAAUGUUCCCUUCUCUAACAGCGACUUUGUGGGCUUGUAUGAAAUCCCUGGAAGAAGGUCCGCCAUUAAAGGCAGCGGGAAGAUUGAACAUACAGGCAAAUUCCGGUGCUUGGAUAAGGCUGCUUUGCAACUCAAGGAAGAUGGUGUGAAACCUAGUCCAUGGAGACUCUGCACUGUAACUCAAGUAGAAGAAGUCAAGAUACUCAUAAAGCUUCUUCCCAUACCUGCCUGCACCAUAAUGCUGAGUGUCAUCCUCACAGAGUUCCUCACCCUCUCAGUCCAGCAAGCUUACACACUAAACACCCACCUAGGACAUCUAAAGCUCCCAGUUACCUGCAUGCCGGUCUUCCCCGGUCUCAGUAUCUUCCUCAUCUUAUCCCUCUAUUACUCCACCUUCGCGCCGCUCACCCGCCGAAUCACCGGCCACCCUCAGGGUGCAUCCCAGCUCCAAAGAGUUGGCCUCGGUCUUGCCGUAUCUAUUCUCUCCGUUGCAUGGGCUGGUCUUUUCGAGAGGUACAGACGAAACUACGCCAUCAAGCAUGGAUACGAGGCUCUUUUCUUGACUGCAAUGCCGGAUCUGAGUGCUUACUGGUUGCUGAUUCAGUACUGUUUGAUUGGAAUAGCUGAGGUUUUCUGUAUUGUUGGUCUUCUUGAGUUCCUUUAUGAGGAGGCUCCUGAUGCUAUGAGGAGCAUUGGGUCCGCUUAUGCCGCCAUUGCUGGAGGAUUGGGCUGCUUUGUCGCAACCAUAUUGAACAAUAUUGUGAGAUCGGUGACGGGAAAUGAGGCCGGCGGGCGGCCGUCUUGGUUAUCGCAGAACAUAAAUACUGGGAGAUUUGAUUACUUGUAUUGGCUUCUGGCUGUGCUGAGUUUGAUAAAUUUUGUUGCUUUUCUGUUCUUUGCUGUGCGGUAUGAGUACAGGUCGAAGAUGGUGGUGGGGAUUGAAGAGGAGUCUAAAUUGAAUGGGGAUGGUUAGCUGAGUCGCUGGAACCAGGUUUGGUUUUAUAAAAUUAUACUGGAAUGAUUUUAUUGAUCAUGCUGGCUUAUUUUGUAGUCCUGUGACUUUGAUGAGGCCGAUUUUGUCCUGCUUUUAAAGAGUGGCAUCUAAAUUCAGAGUGUAUUCUAGGAUGUCUUUCCACUUAUUUCAACGUGUAGCAAAUAGAAGUCUUUUACAUUAGUGAGGUUUUUGAUGUAUACAUAAAACGACAUAAAAACUUCAUUGCACUCUACCUUUUUUACCAUUAUGGU